AUGGCCGAUCCACGAACGGGCAGCCCGAAUGGCUUCGCACCCCAUUACGAGCAGUCCCAGUACAUCGACCCGAGUGCUCUGCAACAACCGCAGUUCCAAUUCCAGCCCAUCCAGAGUCAAGCUCCGGCACCAAGCCCGAUGCUUGACCAAGGGCGCGAUGCAAAUCAUCCGAGGCCCUUCACUCUGGACGAAGCGCUGCCCUACACCCCGUUCACAACCGUGUUUCCAUUCGAGUCCGACAUUAUCAACAAUCCUACCAUCGGCUCUGGCCAGCUAGCGCCGUCUGUUAUGGGCAUUGUUUCUCACAAGGAAUACGAUGCCUUGAAUCAAGAAGCUGAGAAUUCAACCCAUUCGAAACGCCUCGAGGCCAGUCUGGAAUAUGUGCAGAAUCUACUAAAGCGCGAAAAGAUUACCGAGUUCCAGUUCAAGACCGCCCCCCAAGUGACGGCAACGAGUAACAAACCGGCCAAGAGUUUGGCCAAUGGCCUGUCACCUUUCGCCCGCAUGGUCUACGACAGCACCAGUAUCAGCUUUCGAUAUCCUCAGCCUGAUACACCCCAAGCUCAAACGCCUGCUGCCAUCAAUGGUCAAGCCAUGUCGCCCAAGACAAUAAAGCGAUCGCCCAAGUCCCGGAAGGUUGAGCCGCCAAAGGUAGUUAAGCACAACCCGGCCUCGCUGAAUGCUCAGGCCGUCGCUAAGAACAGGUCUCGCAUCAAGAUUCACCUGCCGUCCCAAAGGGAGCUCAGCGCCGCUGCCUCUCUCUACAGCUCACCCAAGCCAGAUCCAGAGCAAGCUCUGUCCGCGCCGCCCGCUUCAACGCAGCCACAGACCAUCUCGCCGUCAGAUCUCAUGCUGGCUCCUCAGGCGCCUGCAGCUGUGAAGUCCGAAUCCGCCCCCGCCCAGCAAGCCACGGUGCAGGCAGCUCCGGAGGUGGCCCAUCACCUGCCCCCCAAAGCGGAGCCGAGUGAGAGCUCACGUCUCGUCUCUCAAGCUGCUCCCCAGUUUGUUCCCGAGGCGCCUCCUAGGCGUCCUACGCCGGUAGAUAGUAAACUGCAAUCUCAGUCCACGGGUGCUAUCACUAUCGAGUUACCGGCCGCUACCUUCAACAAAUCUGAGUUCAUGGUAGUGGAUGAUACACCAGCAGCGCCCGCUGAUUUUUCGAAAAAGCGAAAACGUUCCGAGCUUGACAAUGAAGAUCUCAUGGACGGCGGCCUGAACAAUCGAGAUCGUGCAAAUGCAGCCAACCGAGAACUGGAGAGAUGCCUACAAGAAAUCUUCGAAGCCAGGAAUCUGGCAUGCCAUGGGAGAAGUGCCAAUUCGUGGAUCGCCUUGACCAACGACGAAGAGCCUACCAUGACGGUUCUUGCCUAUAACAGGGUUCACAAGUUGGUCGCUAGAACGCUCGAGCUUGGAUGCUUUAGGUUGGUGCCCAUCGAAGACUUGCUGGACAUUCAGACCUUGUGUGACCCUGCUCUGAAGCAUGCCGAUUCACUCGAGCUCAGAGUUGACGAAUCUUGGGGCCAAGUCGAAGUCGAUAUGUGGUUGCAGCAGCUUCCAGACAUCGAGGCCGGUCUCAAAGCUGCGCGUCUAGCUCUUGUCAUCAUGACUGGCGGACGAGAAGAGAAACAGCUCUAUUCAGAAGGUUUGAUCCAACGGGGACUGGGUCUCUUCCGAUCAGUCUUGGAUGGUGUCAUCAUUCCGCUAGCUGAGAUGCGUGGCUCACAGGGCAGCCUGUUCACACGUCUAGCGACGCAAAAGAAGUCCAUCAGCACAAUUUUCAUGGCUUGCCAGAAGCUGUUUGCUCUCAUGACGUCUUUGAUUACUACCGUUGACCUCUCAGAGGAGGUGGUCAAUAGCUUGGAGGUCGCGUCAUCCCAACUGAUAUUCGUUGAGAACGCGUCUACUGAACGAGAUUCGGUCGUGGGAGUCCAGAAGUUUGAUGGGCUACGUCUAGUUGCAAUGGAUAUGCUAUGCCAGAUCUUCCUGAUGAACCCGUCGCAGAGACAAGGUAUCCUCACUGAUAUCCUAACGUCCCUCGAGAAACUUCCAAAGGCAAAGCAAAGCACCCGUCAAUUCAAGCUUUCCGACGGUGGGAGCAUCCAGCCUGUGUCUGCACUUAUCAUGCGGUUGAUACAAGCCAGUGCCGGCAAAGUCGACGAUCCAAGAGCAGGAAGCAGCGGACGUAUCAUGCAGACACUCGCCGAAGCGGACCAGGGUGAAGAAGUACUGUCCAAUGAUGCCGGAAAGCUCGCAGAUCAGAUUUAUACUGUCAAAACGGACGAUUACGCGGCUAUGCAGCAUUUGACCGCUGUCCAGGAGCUUGACGCUUUGUCGAAUCCUCUAUUUGACAAUGCCAAGAGGAAUGGGUCAUACGUCAUCAACUUCCUCGUGAAGCGCGCGCAGAAGUCUACCAAGACUGGUGAUACACCAUACCGCAAUUUGCUAGACAAUUUUGUUGAAGACUUUAACAUAUGUCUGGAUUCGCCCGACUGGCCAGCCGCGGAACUUCUGCUUCGAAUAACAAUGUCCAUGAUGUUGGAGCUCCUCAAAGGCGAAAAGACAUCUGUACCGGCAAAGAAUAUGGCCCUCGAGCUCCUCGGCAAUAUGGCUGCUGCAAUCUCCCGACUUCGGUCUCAUGUACGGAAGGUCGCCAACAGCUUCGAGGGUAGCGAUGCCGAUGAUCUAGGUCGUUGGCUUGCGGAUCUCACUGCCAUGGUCCUCGAGCGCAGAUUCUCAGCCGAAAAGAUGACCAGUUGGCUUGGGCCUUAUCGCGUCGUCCUCGAAUACCUCGAAGACCGAGUCAAAGAAGAUCCCCAUCUCAGGAGUGCGAUAUCAUAUCUGGUCACCGAUUGGGCUGUAUGGCUGUGCAGUGCUUACACCGAAGGUCAACAGGAAGAAGCAGAUGACAUCAACUCUGAAUACGGCAGGAUUGCUUACAGACUUCGCAACAUGGUGGACGAUCGCAGGUGGCUUACCACUGAGUACAGCUUCAAGUCAGUCGUUGCAAACCACGCAAGGCUGUCCCAUGCCAUCAUACUUCUCCGUUCACCCUUCUGCGAUUCCUUCAAGGGGAUCCUCAAUAUCCUGAUGCAAUCUAUGACUACAGAUGCUGCCACGGUACGCAGUAGAAGCCUCAAGAGCAUCAAUUCGGUCCUAGAAACAGAUCCGUCUAUUCUCGAUGGUGAUAGCGUUGUCAUCGACAUGAUUCUGCAAUGCUCCAACGACCUAUCACCUCAAGUUCGAGACUCAGCCCUCAGUCUCAUAGGUAAAUGCAUCGGCAUGCGACCUGCGCUUGAGGAAAGAAUGAUGCCUACAGUUAUCCAACGGUUCGUCGACUCUGGUAUUGGUGUGCGUAAGCGAGCAAUGAAACUCGCAAGGGAUAUCUACUUGAAUAAUAGCAGCAAGCAGGUGCGAAGCGCUAUUUCGAAUGGUCUUCUUCACCGCGCGCAAGAUCCUGAUGAAGGCGUCCGCGACAUUGCACGGCAGAUGAUCGAGGAGGUCUGGAUCUUUCCUUUCUACAAGGCGGAUGAAUCCACUGCGUACAAGCAGUCCCUCACUGACCAUGUUUCCCUAAUGGUUCAAACUGUGAAACAAGGCAACUCAUCUGUCAUCCUUGAAAAGGUCUUCCAGACAAUCUUAUCACCCGAAGCGAAGCUGGCAACUGCAAAUCAGCAAGUCUGUACGAGACUCGUCUCAAGUAUGUUCGACCUGAUCCACAAUCCAGAAUCUGAUGACCCAUCAGUCCCUUCUGGCAAAGACGCUUUGCAGGUGCUCAUGAUCUUUGCCAAAGCCGAUCCAAAACUAUUCACGUUCGAGCAGAUCCGAAUGCUGCAGCCUCGCAUAUCAAGUGUGGGAUCCAACGAGGAUCUCAUUGGUUCAAGAGCUGUAGUUGUCAUCUAUCGUCGCGUGCUUCCUCAAGUAUCCAGCGUUCACUCUCAGUUCCUUGCAGACAUACGGAAGGACCUUAUGCCGGCUGUCUCCAAAGUUACAAGGGCGCUUUUAGACGACGUCAUUGCUUGUUUGUGGAUUAUAAGCGAGCUUCUGGGGACGUCUGAACAUCUGGCUCGUCUCGUGUCUUCCAGUCUGGCAGGAAUUCAAAAGAUCAGAGCAUUGUCCGCCAAAGGUCCGCUCGACCAACAGAGAACGCGACAAUUCGACCGGUACUCGCUUAUUGUCGGCAUGGCCGGCAAGCAUUGUAACCUGGACAGCCAUGAAGCAAUCUUCAAGACAAGCUUUGCCAAAUGGUCAGGCGGAUCUGUAUCGAAACUGAUGGUAGAUGUCCUUGCGCCUUUCGCCACUUCUUCACAACCAGCAGACGUUCGAAAGUCAGCACUCGAUGCUAUCGGUCUUGUGUGUCAAUCUAAUCCCAGGAAUUUUGUUGCUCCAAACGUCUAUACCAUCUUCCAGCAGGCCUUCGACGAGCAGAAUCCGGUUCUAGAAUCGAUGGUGCUGCGUUCUUUCAAAGAGUUCUUGUUCACAGAAGAGCAACGCUCAGAACAAGCGGCUGCAUCUGCAAAGGACAACAAGGACGCUGGCAAGAAAGAUCUCAAGGUCAUGGCAUCGACUAGCUUUGAUGAUGUGGCGAGUGCUACCACACAGAGAUUUCUCAAAGACAUCACACGGAUCACCUUGACAUCGCAUGAUGAGUAUGGGUUUUUAGCGACGGAGGUAUUGGCCAGUAUCAACCGACAAGGUCUGGUCCAUCCCAAGGAGACUGGCAUCACGUUUAUGACCCUUGAGACGAGCCCCGUCAGCAGGAUAUCCGAACUCGCGUAUCAUGAACACCGUGCAUUGCACAACAAGCAUGAGACAGUCCUUGAACGGGAGUAUGCCAAGGCAGUUCAAUCAGCCUACCAGUACCAGCGGGACGUCUGUAAAGACCCUCGCGGCGCGACAACAAGUCCUUUCACAUCGAAGCUUCAUCUUCUCAUUGAAGUCCUCAAAAUCAGUAAAUCCAAGAACAGAAAACGUUUCUUUGACAAGUUGAUAAGUCAGGUGGAGUUUGAUCCUUCAACCCUGGAUGUCAGCAUGACAGUGCCGCAACACGUGGAGUUCUCACGGUUCUUAAUUGAAAAUAUGGCUUUCUUCGAGUUCGCCAAUGUCGAUGAGCUACAAUAUCUGGUUACCAAUAUGGAAAAGCUUGUCACAAGUGCUGGCUCUGGUAUUGCCCAGUCAAUCGAAUCUGAGGUCUUCCAGGUGCGCGUCGACACAGUCUUGGGCUUGCAGCAAGCAGAGAAUGGGGACACCGAGUCAGCCGCCCCCGUCGAACCUCAAGUCGAUGCAAAGCGACUACGUCAGCUUACUUCGAGUGCUAUGAUUCUUCUUGCCCUCUGGGAAGCCCGAACGUUCAUGAGACGUUUGUACACCCUGAAAGUCAAUCGUGAGAGUAAGGCCAAGACUGCGGUAAAAGAUACUAGCAAAGACAAAGCCCCAACCAGGGCGCCCGGCGUCACCGGCGAAAAGUUUUGGGACGACAUCGACCAUAUAAUGACGGGAUUGGAAUCCCGAGAACGCAUGGUGGAGACCUGCAGAUCGUUCAUCGAGCUUCUCAAUGUUGACAGCGAGGUAAAGGUCGCGAACGAGGAAGACGAAGAUGCAGACGGAGAGCCACGGACGCCCGAGGCCGACGUAGAAGACGACGAAGACGCUCCCAAUUCAGAUCCACGAGGCCGUAAGAGAAAAGCUGCCAACACACCGGGAGGCAGGAAGAAGCGCGCGCGCUCAAAUUCGAGAUCAAAUGCUCGGGGCCGCCCCCGCAAAAGUCCCCUUGGUGGUGGACCAGAUUUCGACGAAGGAAUCGAAAGUGACUUCAUUUGA